CACUCUGACCUGCAAAAGGCAGCAAUAUGCAACACAGCGUUCAGUCGGCCGGAAAUUCACACGAAGAAGAAGUUGGUUAUCAGUCUGAGGAAAAACCGUGAACUGGUCGCUGGUUGGAGAUUUCACUUUUUAUCCUGAAGGAAAGUACGUUGUUUCGUGGUGAAUGAGUAGAUCUCUUGGGACGGUUUAAUUCCUCCGGUUAGGGGUGUUUUAAAACUAGCAGUAUGUUCGGGAAGAAGAAGAGGGCUCCUUUGCCAAAGGGCCAGGGCGCAGCUGCAGCCAAACAGAUGGGUUUGUUUGUGGACUUCAACCCAGAGGAGAUGACGCAGGACAUGGAUGAUCCGACUGUGGAUGAUGCUGAUCUAGAGGCCGAGUUAUCGGCUCUCACUGGGGGCAAGCCUGCUGGAGAGAGACUAAAGCAGAAGGCCCCCUUACCUAUGGAGAAUAUAGCCCGAAUGGCAGAGGAGUGUAUGAAGGAUAUAUACGAUGAUGAUGAUGAUGAUGAUGAUAACCUGGAAGAUGAUGAAGAUUUACUGGCUGAGCUGCAGGAAGUGGUGGGUGACGAGGAAACGGAGGAUCGUGUGACACCCACCUCCACGGAAGAGACUCCGCAUUCACCACCCCAGUUAGCAAGGGCUCCUCCUGCAGUACCUGGCAGUCUGCAGCACACCUUGGAGGAGAGGCUGAGUAUGUACCGGACAGCUGUAGCGCACGCCAAGGCCUCAGGGGAAUCGUCGAAAGCGCGGAGAUACGAAAGAGGGAUCCAGAGCCUGGAGUCCAUGCUGGUCUCAUUGAAGAAGGGGAGGAAGGUGGAGGAGGCUGACAUCCCCCCACCUGUAGCCGGUGGAGGAGCCCCCACCUCCACCGUCCCCACCGUCCCACCACGACGUGCUCCUCCCCCUCCACCAUCUGUUCUCGAACCUGAACCGACGCCUCCACAACAGCAGGGGGAGCCGGAGGCUGCUGCUGCGACGUUACCUGUACCCGUCUCCCCUGAGGCAGUAUCACCCAGCAGUGAGGAGGAGCUGUCAUCUAUCGCCACCCUGGCCACUGUCAGCAGCCAUCCUAGCACUGAGGGAGAGGAAGAGACUAGGCAGACCAGCACAGUAGGCGAGGCCACCAAGGCGAUGCUGUUAGGCAGACAGAGAGAGUAUAAGGUGGCAGCUCUGAAAGCCAAGCAGCAAGGAGACAUGGAACAAGUCAAACUCUACUUCAGGACCAGCAAGAGGUUUGACGCGGUGAUCGAAGCGUUGGAGAAGGGACAGGAGGUGGACCUGAGUUGCCUGCCACCCUCACUAUCCUCGGGGGUCAUCUCGGCCUUGUCUGGCCCAGAAAACGAACCCGGUCCUGGACAGACCUCAAGCCCCAAUCCCCCUGCCUCCACACCUCCGGCCUCCUCUGCUGUCCCUGCCCAGCCUAAAGAUGUGCUGGAGGCCCUGGAGCAGCGGCGAGACAGGUAUCAGGAGGCCUGCGCCCAGGCCAAAGCCAACGGAGACGACCGCAAGGCCCGUAUGCACGAGCGCAUCGCCAAGCAAUACCAGAGUGCCAUCCGCGCCCACAAAGCAGGACGAGCUGUCAACUAUGAUGAACUGCCUGUCCCUCCAGGUUUUCAUCCAAUCCCUGGCCAGGAGGGGGUGGCGGGAGCUGAGCAGGGAUUGGCUGCCGUGCUGGAGGCAGCCAAUAAGCUGGCAUCUGAGGAAACCAUAGCGACAGGAGAGGAGGAAGGAGAGAAUGAGGAGAGCAAACCUCCUGUUCCUGAGAAGUUAAAGAAGCCCAUGUUGGCUGUUCCUCCUACGACCCAGAGGCCCAAGUGGAGCGCCUCUCCCUCUGCAGACAGGACCCACCUGAGAGAGAGCCUGUCUGCUACAGCGCUGCAGCAGUUGGACUUUGUGGAGGGGCGCAGGCAGCAGUACAUGAAGGCGGCGCUGCAGGCCAAACAGAAGAACGACAUGGACACAGCCAGAACCCUGCUUCGUACCGCCAAGGGACUGGAGCCGCUCAUCGGCGCCGUCAAGGCAGGCAAACACGUCGACAUCAGCAAGGUGCCGUCGCCCCCUGGUGACGAGGAUGAGGACUUCAUCCUGGUUCAUCACAGUGAAGUCCAGAUCUCGGAGAAGGCAGAUGAGGUCUACACUCAACUGGCCAAGAUGCUCAAGGAACAGUACGAGAAGUGCAUGACUUACUCCAAGCAGUUCACUCAUCUGGGUAACGUCACUGAGACCACCAAGUUUGAGAAGAUGGCAGAGAGCUGUAAGAAGAGUCUGGAGGUGUUGAAGCUGUCUCAGUCUAAGAGACUGGACCCUCCUAAACAUCACUUUGAGGAGAGGACGUACCACACCGUCAGGAUCUUCCCAGAGCUCAGUAGUACAGAGAUGGUGGUUGUGGUAGUCAGAGGGAUGAAUCUGCCUGCUCCUUCAGGUAUAGCUACCAAUGACCUGGAUGCCUUUGUCAAGUUUGACUUCCCCUAUCCCAGUACGGAACAACCCCAGAAACACAGAACGGCUGUGGUCAAGAACAACAACUCCCCAGAGUUCAACCAGACCUUCACUCUGAACAUUAACCGGAACCACCGAGGCUUCAGGAGACAGGUCCAAUCUAAAGGAAUUAAACUGGAACUGCUACACAAAGGGGGUUUCCUGCGGAGCGACAAGCCUAUAGGGACGGCCCACAUCAAACUGGAGAAACUGGAGACCGAGAGCGAAGUACGAGAGAUAGCGGAGGUGAUAGAUGGCCGUAAACCUACAGGAGGACGUGUGGAGGUCCGGGUUCGCCUGAGAGAGCCUCUGAGUGGACAGGACCUUCAGACGACAACAGAACGCUGGUUAGUCCUGGACCAGAUCCUUCUCUAACUGCUGCUCAGCUGGGACUGCUAGGAACAGAUGAUAAACACUCCCGUUGUCCUCUGAUGAAGAUUAUGACGGGGGGGAGGAGGAGGAUGAUGAUGAUGAUGAUGAUGAAGAGGAGGAUGCUGAUGAUGUAUGUUGUCGUGGCUGGCCUGUUUAGUCUUCCAGGGUUCUGGCAGUCCGACACAGUCAACACGGGUCUUUAGCUUGUAAACAUUUUGCACACAGAGAGAUGGACUUUCUCUUCACUCUGGGGGGGGGGGGAGAGAAAUGGGCUCCAUGUUUAGCUAACCUUAAGAUAACAUUGGCCGGGAUUCAAUCAAAAGGCGUACUGCACUUGACUUUUACAGGUCAUUAUUUUCCCGCUUGAGCCAAUUUAUUUUUGUUGAAUCCCAGUCCUAGUUCAUACCCUGCUGAUUUGAAAAACAGCUACGUAGUUUAGUCUCUCUAAUAUAUUAUCCACCUAUGCACUUAUUCUACCAAAGUAAUCACUGUUGCUGUACGAUGCUGCGUAUUUAAAUUGCCUUGAAUAGCUGUCAUACUGUUUUAAUGACUACAAUAAUAAUGUGUGAUAAGAACUUGCAUCUCUCAAAUGUAAUUCUUUGCUGCGUUGUUGUUGCUUGUUGUUCCCAGAACUGUUGUUUCCUUUCUAUUCACUGGAGCAGUUAUAGGCCAGGAUUCAAUCCUGAUUUUAGAUCCCCCCCUCGUUUAUAGCCGCUUGACUUUUUUUUAAAGGUAAUGCGAUCUCCACGAUACGAUUGCUUUUUUUUAAAGCUGGGUGGGGGGUUGAAUCCCAGCUCUAAUGGCAGAACAGGAUAAUGUUCAUGCACACACAGGUGGACAUGACUCAAUUUACAGAUGUCUUGGCUAUCACUGCUACUGGACAUUCAAAGGUCAACUGACAUAAGCGUGUCGUAGGUACUCGUAAGGUGUCAUAAAUGGUCGUAAGGCGACAUAGCUCUUGUGAGCUGGAUAGUAUAGAUCUGUGUCUGAACUUGACCCUCUGUGAACUAUGGGGCCAUGGUUAAAACUAGUGCACUAAAUAGGGAUUAUGGUGCUGUUUGAGAAAGAUGUCAUUUAUCUUGUGGUUGGGGUUAUUUCGUUUUUGUGUUAAGUUGAAGAGACUCCAUAAGUUUACACUUUAUAGCUGUGAUCCUCCGUACACACAGAAUGAUAUCAUCCGCGAGUUGGGUUCAGCUGAGCUUUUAGCCAAGAACAUUUUUGUUUUUGUUUUGCGUGUAAAUCAAAGUAAUAUUUUAUUAAAAGAGUGGUAAUUUAAAAUGCUUAACAGCAAAGCCAUUAUGGUUACACGGACACAGAUUACGCCUAUACCGGACUAGGAAGCUUUUCAAUGGAGAAUCUUCAUUGAACAUGAUUUUUUGGGGUUUGGGUUUCAGGACAGUCUGUGUUUGGGGAAACUGGCCCACGGUCUGAGCCAAUUAUAUCCCUCCAUUCUCUACUGAGAGCCAAUUAUAUCCCUCCAUUCUCUACUGAGAGCCAAUUAUAUCCCCCCAUUCUCUACUGAGAGCCAAUUACAUCCCCCCAUUCUCUACUGAGAGCCAAUUAUAUCCCCCCCAUUCUCUACUGAGAGCCAAUUAUAUCCCCCCAUUCUCUACUGAGAGCCAAUUAUAUCCCUCCAUUCUCUACUGAGAGCCAAUUAUAUCCCCCCCAUUCUCUACUGAGAGCCAAUUAUAUCCCCCCCAUUCUCUACUGAGAGCCAAUUAUAUCCCCCCCAUUCUCUACUGAGAGCCAAUUAUAUCCCCCCCAUUCUCUACUGAGAGCCAAUUAUAUCCCCCCCAUUCUCUACUGAGAGCCAAUUAUAUCCCCCCCAUUCUCUACUGAGAGCCAAUUAUAUCCCCCCCCAUUCUCUACUGAGAGCCAAUUAUAUCCCCCCCCAUUCUCUACUGAUGGAAUAUAAUUGGCUAUCAGAAUAUUUCCAACUGAUGACUGAUAAUAAAUACUGUGCAUUGAUGCGGUCCCGUCAAUUCAAAAUAAAUAUUUAAUUAAUUUUCAUUUAACAAAAUGCAACCGUUUCCUCUGCUCCAAUAUGUUUUUGUAUGUAUAUUGGCAAGUUUAUCAUAAUGAGACUUUAAAACUGUACACUUUACAGGACCUGAGGUACCUUACCUGAAUCAGUCCCGAAAAUGUGUAUUUGUGGCAAAAACGAAGCAUUUCCACUUUUCUGUACAUUUUUAAUUAUACAUCUUACAGGUUUUGAUAGACUGCUUUUGACAUUUUGACGUAUUCAGUAAAGGAAAAAAGAUU